CUCAUGGACCAACAGCUGCUGUCUUCAGUGCAGAGGAGGAAGAGGGAGGGCCGUGUGGCGUGAGGCAGUGCGUGCGCUCGCGUUUAGGUGAAUCCACAGACCCUCUGGCUCGCACGGAUAAAGGAUCCUGCCUCUCCUCGCCUCCUUUUGACCGUUUCUUUACUGUCCUCCGUUGCUCGUCGCAUCCCUGCUUCACCCAGUCCACAGAGAAGGAGGGAAGGGGAUUAAGGGGAGGAGAGCAGAGCGGGAAGAAUUAUCCUCCCAUUCUGCAUGCCCAGCCGGUGUUGGUGCUGAUGCUGUAACCACAGUGAGGAGCGGACACGCCCUGUUUGAUGCUCUGAAGUGUUCGAGUGGGAAAAGCACAAGUGAAGAAGGUCGCCAGCCAUGGGGAACCUCAUUAAGGUCCUUGGCAAGGAUUUAGAGAACUGUCCACAUUUUUUCCUGGACUUUGAAAGGGGCUCAUGGGAAACCUCCUGAAAGUGCUGGCUUGCGCCGAACUUGAGCAUGGCCCAAUAGUUUUCCUUGACUUUGAACAUGCCCAGCCCACAGAGGCGGAGACGGCCGUGUGGAACCAGGUCAGCGCCGUGCUGGAGGAGGCUCACGGGAUCCUGGCGGAGCUGCAGUCCUACAACGGCGCAGGGCAGGAGAUACGAGAAGCCAUCCAGAACCCAGGAGACCUGGCUCUUCAGGAAAAGGCCUGGAAUGCUGUCUGCCCCCUGGUGGCCAAGCUGAAGAGGUUCUACGAGUUCUCCCUCAGGCUGGAGAAUGCCCUGCGCAGCCUGCUGGAGGCGCUGACGAGCCCGCCCUAUGCUCCCAUGCAGCACCUGGAGCGGGAGCAGGCCCUGGCCAAGCAGUUCGCAGAGAUCCUGCACUUCACUCUCAGCUUUGAUGAACUGAAGAUGACAAAUCCAGCCAUCCAGAAUGACUUCAGUUACUACAGGAGGACCAUCAGCAGGAACCGGCUGAACAACCAGCAGCUGGAAGCAGAGAAUGAAGUCAACAAUGAGAUGGCCAAUCGGAUGUCCUUGUUCUACGCUGAAGCAACGCCGAUGCUGAAAACUCUGAGUAACGCCACCACCAAGUUUGUUUCUGAGAACAAGACCCUCCCCAUAGAGGACACUACAGACUGCCUCAGCACCAUGGCCUGCGUCUGCCGCGUCAUGCUGGAGACUCCGGAGUACCGCUGCCGCUUCACCAACACCGACACCAUGCUGUUCUGCAUGAGGGUGAUGGUGGGGGUCAUCAUCCUGUACGACCACGUCCACCCGGUGGGGGCCUUUGCCAAGACUUCAAAGAUUGAUAUGAAGGGCUGCAUCAAAGUGCUGAAGGAGCAGCCGUCCAACAGCGUGGAGGGACUUUUGAACGCCCUGAGGUACACAACACGACAUUUAAACGACGACAGCACCUCCAAACAAAUCAGAGCCCUCCUGCAAUGAAGGAGGAGACAGCAGGAGGAGGAGGCUGAAGAUCCAGCCAGAGGCUGGCUGAAACGAAGAAAAUCAUCUCCAAAUUAAAGCAACCUGCUGAAAACCAGAAGAGGAAUUUAAUAAUAUAUAUCGUCAGCUGUCCAUCAUUCUGUCUCUCAUUUUGUAAAGUAAGAAAAGAAAAAAUAUAGAUAUUUAUGAAAAGAGAAGAGGACGCCGAUUUAGAGAAGAAAGGAUCAAAGAAGAAGAUUUAGUGGGAAACUGGUCAAAACCAGAAUGAAGGAAUCCAGCAGACCCCCCUCAGCUGCUCCCACCUCCACCCACAGGUGAGUCUCGAGGCAGUGUGAUGGACGCCGUCCGGAGAUCUGCCUCCACCACAGGGGCUUCACUUUCUGCAGCUGAGGGACAAGGAGGAGGCCUCCAUUUGUACUCCAAAUCCAUCCAUCCAUCCAUCCAUCAAUCCAUCCAUCUUCAACCAACUUCGUGGUUUCUGCCUCCCAAAAGAAAAAGAAUCCUCUGCAACGCUUCAGCACAAAUCCUGUCAGAGUGGGCUGCCUUUACUUGAAGAAUGUCCUUCACUUUCUGCGUCCUUCUCUCCAUGGUGCUAAUGUGCUUCAGAUAUCUUUUGGUUUCUUUCUGUUUAUGAUCAGUUUGUCUUUUGCACAAAAUCAGCCACAGACUUGAUGAGAAACCGCAGCCGAGUGCCAAAGCUGUCCGGUUCUCCAUCCAGGAGAUCUUUUUCACUCAUGUCAUGAGAGGCAAGAAAGACAGGAAUCAUUAGAGGAGGCAAAAGCAGAAGAUCUGCCAGUUUCUGUGUAAAUAUGAGGAUCCAUCAGCUGCCGUCCAGGAGAAACACCACCGGCCUUUUCUCUCCACGGGACUCUCAGCCAAGAAGGAAACUAAAUUCAAAAGAAGUGCUUUGGCUGUCUGUAGUCCUUAGGCUAGAACUUCAUUUGAUCCGAUGAUAUAUUUUCUAUACGGGGGUGUGCGCUCAGACACACUCUGUAGAAAUACAUAGCUGGCAUGUUGUAAAAGUUGGCUCAGAAAUGUGUAAAUAAGGUGUUUUUAUUCAUUUUUAAUUGUUCAGUGAUGCUGAAGUUGGAUUUGUGUCGUCUCUCGGAAUCACCACGCAUUUGGCUUGGACCAUUGGACUUGCCGUAGUCAUAGGUUUCAGAAGUUCUGCUUCAUUAUGGCCAAUGAGUAACAAAUGGGGGGUGGGGUACAUUUGCUUGUUUUUUUGUAUAUUUUGUGCAACAAUAAACUUGUCGUUUAUUACAUUCA